AUGAUAAAACUCCCGGCCACGGUUUCAGAGGACGACGCAACGUUUGGUGGCAGUGUCUUGAUCAGUCCCGGAGGCCCCGGAGAUUCUGGUACAGACUUGCUUCUUCGUUCGGGAAGCCGUUUCCAGAGCCUUCUGGCGGGCGAACGCAACUAUGAAAUCAUCGGCUUCGAUCCCCGGGGUGUCAAUUUGAGCACACCACAUGGCGAUUGCCACAAAGGCGACGAAAUCUCUCGGAAGCUGGACCAAGAGCGCAACACAGGUCUCAACCCUAUCACGGAGGAUUUCAAUGCCCUCAAUUAUCACUAUGCAUCGGCUUUGGGGAAAAGUGAACUUUGUGAGGUUGAUGGUGUCGAUAGUAUCUGGGGUUACCUCAAUACCGCCUCGGUUGCCAGAGAUGUGAUUGAGAUUAUUGACCGAAUCGAUGACCUUCGCUGGCGGAAUCGCAACUCAACAAAACCGGCGAAUGCUCCAAAGCCUAGACUACAGUACAUUGGCAUAUCAUACGGAUCCUUUCUGGGAAACACAUUGGCUUCUAUGUUCCCCGAGCGGGUGGGAAGAAUUAUGGUUGACGGAAUCGUGAAUGCCGAGGACUACACCAACGUUACUUGGCAGAAGAAUCUGAAUGAUGCGGAAGCCGUUCUCGAUUAUUUUUACCAAGUCUGCUUUGACUCUAGAGAGGGCUGUCCAAUCCGACUAUCAUCAGACAAGGAAGCUGCCGAUAUCAAGAGCCGCGUUGAGGCUUUUCUUAACACUCUAGACAUCCGUCCAAUUCCAGUGGCACACGGCGGAAAAGUUGAUUUGAUUACAUCGCCUACUGUUCGGCUUCUAAUCUUAACUCUGAUUUACCAACCUGUCAAAUUUGAGUUACUUGCCCUUGGUCUCGGAGCCCUUAUCACCGGCGAAUACAUUUCGUUUCUUGAGAUGCUAUCGGCGGACGCCCCUGAUACCACUUGUGGUGGUUCCGCGUCCCACAACGAGGCGCCUCCCUAUACCUGGUACGAAGACGUAGCAUACGGUGUCGUUUGCAGCGACGCAGUUGACGGCGUGGCUUAUCGCAACCUCUCCGUUUCCGAUGAACUGGUGCAUAUAAUCGAUAGACAAGCCCCAACAACCGGCGUUGUAUGGGGUGGUCGUGUCAUCGCCUGCGCCGGCCGCAAGAUUCGGCCGCCAUGA